AUGGUAGAAUUCUGGCUUCCCGCUCAUUUCCAAAAUCUUCCGCUCCCAUUCAAAACCGUGCUGGGUGGGCCAUCAGAGACCUUCCCAUGGACGCUAUCCAAGAAGACUUUCAGUGAUCCACUGCUUAAAUACUGCCAUGGAUCUUGCCCCUUCUUUGGGGGACGAUCAUUGUUCUGGUCCGCUUGGUCUCCUCAGCCCAAGGUAGAGGACAUGCGAGACUUUCCAAAGGAGAUGGUCGAUUCAACCAAGAAGCCGGAGUUCUGGGAUCGUGCUAGGGACCUUCUUCACGUUACAGGGGCCGACAAGAUCGGAGAUUCCGUGUAUUCGGGUCUUCAGCGAGAAAUUGACCAGAGACUGAAGGACCGCCUACGAGAAGUCAAGACCGCCGAAUACAGCGAGCCUGCUCAGCUUGCAGUCGGCCGGGCCUCUGUGACCUCUAACCUUCGGUUCAACAAGUUUUCCACACCUGCGCCAUUGUUAAAGAUAUACGAGGAGCAAAAGUCCAAGAAUGCGGCGUCUCUCGAUAUUCUCCUGAACUGCACUGUCAAAACGCUAGGUGCGGUUGACGAUGAUGGAGGCCAUGUUCAUGCGAUCGAAACCACUCGAGGAACGAUUACAUGGCAAGGCGACAAUACGAAAGUGAUUCUCUGUGCAGGUGCUUUCCCUGCCGCAACCAUACUCCUCAACAGCUUCUCGGAAUGCCGCAAAACCGUUGGUAAGCGGGUGUCAGGCCAUUUCUUGACGCACAUAGUUGCGCGAGCACCGCUAUCUGCGUUCAAGUGGCAUCCUGUGGGCAGCAAACCUAAGGAUCGCAGACUGGAGAUCGCCGCCCACUAUCUGGCCGGCAAGGAUCCGACCAGCGGCCAGCAGUAUCAUGUCCAGAUCACAGCUAUUCAGAGCCCGCACCCGAAAGAGGAUGCAGAGGAUGCGGCUCGCGAAUGCCCGGACUACGCCGCUGCCGCGACUUAUGAGCAGCUGGAACACUCAACAGAGCAUGUCGUCUUUGUGUGUGCGACCCUCGGCGAAUUUUCCGAGCUCAACCAGGAGAACUGGUUUAAGAUGGACCCUAGCAACCCGGAUGUGACUACGAACAUGAAGCUGCAAUACACCCUCACCAAGUCCGACCGACAUCUUUGGGAUACUAUGGAUGAAGCGACCUACCAAACAAUUGAGCAGAUGGCCACCCCGGACGGGUCCGAAUCGCCCGCUGAGGGUCUCGAGUACUGGCAUAUCGACGAACAUGAGCCCAACAAAGGAUCGUGGAAGCCGGCUCAUCCGAAACAAUCAGAGAUCCGUAUCCCAGGCAUUGUCCAUGAGACGAGCACCGCCUUCAUGGGUUCAGACCCAUCGGAUGGCAGUUCAGUUGGACCAAAAUAUAACGUUCAUGGUUUUCCAAACGUGUAUGUCACUGGCGGUGCUCUGUUCCCGACCGCAGGAAGCUGGAACCCGACCCUGACGAUGUGUGGGUUUGCUCAGGAUCUGGCGAGGCAGCUGGAGAAGGGACGCCACUAA